CUAAGUUUAUCGAGGCGCGCAGUGAAGGUGCCACUUGGAAGAUUGCUGGCUUCCCUGCUCAACGUCUUCAAGAGAGGGCUGAGCUGCGCAGGUGUGCCGCUUGUGACUACGAUGAGAAAUGAGGCGUUAGUAGUUCUUUAAAAUGUUACUUUUGUUUUAGGAAAUUGAUUUUCAAAGAAUCAAAAUGGGGGCGGGGGACGGUUAUUUGGGCUAGGACUUCAGUAAGGAGAAUAACGCCCAGAGUUAGAGGCAGUGAAAGUGUGAUGAUUUGGGUUCUGCUAUUGCUUAAUCUUUAAAUACUGGCGAAGUUAGAUAUCCCUCGUCUGGUUUUACUUUUUCGGUAUUUUAAAACAGAAUAGAGGGACGUUAGGAUCGAUCACUACGGAUAGUUCGAAGAAUAGAAUUUCGUGUCACCAACCGGUAAGGGUAAAUAAAACGCAGAGUCGUUUACGCCUUACUUUGGAAUGAAACUUUUAUCUUUUCCGAAUUUGUGAAAUAAGACGGGGAACAAGAAGUGCAGUAACAUUUAUUCCCCAUCCGUCACACAAAAGCUGUGCCCAAAGUUUUAAAAGGCGCUGGGAUGUGGCAAGGAAGGCAAAGAGUCAGAGCGGCUCUGGGGAUGGGGCUCCCGGCUGUCGCGUUGGGGACGCAGUCACCGAAGACGCCGUGGGAGGCGAGGGGUUGAGGCUGCCCCCAAGUGUAGCUCCAGUGCUGUAAAGUUUCAAGGGUUGGCAGAGGGGACUGAGGAGACCAUGAAAAUGGACAUGGAGGAUGCAGACAUGACUCUGUGGACAGAAGCCGAGUUUGAAGAGAAGUGUACAUACAUCGUGAAUGACCACCCCUGGGAUUCUGGGGCCGAUGGAGUGACUUCUGUUCAGGCAGAGGCAUCCUUACCAAGGAAUCUGCUUUUCAAAUAUGCCACCAACACCAAAGAGGUUAUUGGAGUGGUGAGUAAAGAAUACAUACCAAAGGGAACACGAUUUGGACCCCUAAUAGGUGAAAUCUACACCAAUGAUACAGUCCCCAAGAAUGCCAACAGGAAAUACUUCUGGCGGAUCUAUUCCAGAGGGGAGCUUCACCACUUCAUUGAUGGCUUUAAUGAGGAGAAAAGCAACUGGAUGCGCUAUGUGAAUCCGGCACACUCUGCCCGGGAGCAAAACCUGGCUGCGUGUCAGAACGGGAUGAACAUCUACUUCUACACCAUUAAGCCCAUCCCUGCCAACCAGGAACUUCUUGUGUGGUAUUGUCGAGACUUUGCAGAAAGGCUUAACUACCCUUAUCCUGGAGAGCUCACAAUGAUGAAUCUCACACAAACACAGAGCAACCCAAAGCAACCGAGUACUGAGAAAAAUGAACUUUGCCCAAAGAAUGUCCCAAAGAGAGAGUACAGCGUAAAAGAAAUCCUAAAAUUGGACUCUAACCCCUCCAAAGGGAAGGACUUCUACCGUUCUAACAUUUCAGACAAGGACAUCGAUGGCUUUAGAAAGAACGGCAGCCCAGAUAUGCCCUUCUACCCCCGGGUUGUUUACCCCAUCCGGGCUCCUCUCCCGGAAGACUUAUGGAAAGCUUCCCUGGCCUAUGGGAUGGAGAGACCAACUUACAUUACUCACUCCCCCAUCCCCUCUUCCACAACUCCAAGUCCCUCAGCAAGAAGCAGCCCUGACCAAAGCCUGAAAAGCUCCAGCCCACACAGUAGCCCGGGGAACACUGUGUCGCCCCUGGCCCCUGGCUCUCAUGAACACCGAGACUCCUACACUUACUUGAACACACCCUAUGGCACCGAAGGUCUGGGCUCUUACCCAGGAUACGCACCUGCCCCCCACCUCCCUCCAGCCUUCAUCCCCUCUUACAAUGCCCACUACCCCAAGUUCCUGUUGCCUCCCUACGGCAUGAAUUGCAACGGCUUGAGCACCAUGAGCAACAUCAACAGCAUCAACAACUUUGGCCUCUUCCCGAGAUUGUAUCCCGUCUACGGUAACCUCCUUGGUGGGGGCAGCCUGCCUCACUCCAUGGUCAACCCAGCUUCUCUCCCAAGUUCGCUGCCCUCAGAUGGAGCCCGGAGGUUGCUUCCGCCUGAGCAUCCCAGAGAGGUGCUUGUCCCAGCACCCCACAGUGCCUUUUCCCUUACCGGGGCUGCUGCCAGCAUGAAGGACAAGACCUGCAACCCCACCAGCGGGUCUCCCACGGCGGGAACAGCCGCCACGUCAGAACACGUGGUACAACCCAAAGCUACCUCAGCGGUGAUGGCAUCCCCCAGCAGUGACGAGGCCAUGAAUCUCAUUAAAAACAAAAGAAACAUGACCGGCUACAAGACCCUUCCCUACCCACUUAAGAAGCAGAAUGGCAAGAUUAAGUAUGAGUGCAACGUUUGCGCCAAGACUUUCGGCCAGCUCUCCAACCUGAAGGUCCACCUGAGAGUGCACAGUGGAGAACGGCCUUUCAAAUGCCAGACCUGCAACAAGGGCUUUACUCAGCUCGCCCACCUGCAGAAACACUACCUGGUCCACACGGGAGAAAAGCCACAUGAAUGCCAGGUCUGCCACAAGCGAUUUAGCAGCACCAGCAAUCUCAAGACCCACCUGCGACUCCACUCCGGAGAGAAGCCUUACCAGUGCAAGGUGUGCCCUGCCAAGUUCACCCAGUUUGUGCACCUGAAGCUGCACAAGCGACUGCACACCCGGGAGCGGCCCCACAAGUGUGCCCAGUGCCACAAGAGCUACAUCCAUCUCUGCAGCCUCAAGGUCCACCUGAAAGGGAACUGCCCGGUAGCCCCAGCCACUGGACUGGCCCUGGAGGACCUAACCCGGAUCAACGAAGAAAUCGAGAAGUUUGACAUUAGUGACAAUGCCGACCGGCUAGAGGACAUGGAGGACAACAUCGAUGUGACCUCUGUGGUGGAGAAGGAAAUUCUGGCCGUGGUCAGAAAAGAGAAAGAAGAAACUGGCCUGAAAGUGUCUUUGCAAAGAAACAUGGGGAACGGACUCCUCUCCUCAGGGUGCAGCCUUUACGAGUCAUCAGACCUGUCCCUCAUGAAGUUGCCCCACAGCAACCCACUACCUCUGGUACCUGUAAAGGUGAAGCAAGAAACAGUGGAACCAAUGGAUCCUUAGGAUUUUCAGAAAGCAAGCGUUUGUUUUGUUUCUUAAGUUCUGACUCUGUGAGUCGGGGUGCCUGUAGCAGAUGGCGCAUGCGUAUCUCCAGAUCCGCAAAGCUCUCCUGCGGCAGGGGGUUCCCCUCACCUCUGGAAUUAAAGAAGGACUCCAAAGUUACCGAAAUCUCAGGGCAUAAAUGACGCAAAGACUCUCUCUAUAUAUAUAUGUAUACAUAUUAUAUAUACUUAUUUACAUCCACGUCUAUAUAUUUGAACCUGUGUAUUUUGAAUAUUUGUGUGGAUAUGUUUGCAUAGCCUUCCCAUUACUAAGACUAUUGCCUAGCCAUAAUUAUUUUUUCAGUGAUAAUCCUUCAUAAUUUAUUAUACAAUUUAUCAUUCAAAAAGCAAUAAUUAAAAAAGUUUACAAUGACUGGAAAUAUUCCUUGUAAUUUGAGUAUAAAUGUUGUAAUUUUGUCUUGUGGCCAUCUUUGUAGAUAAUUUCUGCACAGUUGUUUAAGUACCUAAGAUUUAGUAGACAAAUACAUGACUUCAGUCAUCCUCUCUCUGUAAUAAUGACCUGAAAAUGAGGUUUCAGUAUUGCCAAAGUUCGACAGUUGAUGUGUUAAUUCAUAGGAUCAUGUCAUUUGAACAGCACUGUGUAACAUGGGGUGUGUGUGCAGAACUACCCAAUGAUAACUCGAGUAGAAGGAACAAGAAAAGGAAUCUUGUCAUGUUUUGUUCCUAGUUCGUCAUUUUUUUUUCCUAGUCAUUAUUUUACCAAAAAGGUGACAGGAAGUCUUUUUCAACCUGUCUCUCCUCAAAAGUAGGGUCCUUGCACCCCACCCCAAAAGUCAUUUGGCCUUCAGAGUGGCCACCUGACUUUUGCAUCCCAGCGUAUUAUCUGAAAAUGUGAAAGAUAAAAUUCUAUGUUUAAAACCACUGAGAAACUUUCCCAAAGCACAGGUGGUUUUGUACGUGUGAGGUUUGGGAGCUUGAGUCUAGAUGUUGUUUUGUUGUUGGUUUUUGUUUUUUAUGUCAAAAUUGCACAAAUGUGGUGCUCUACCAGGAAGGAUUUGAAGUAGAUAGGCUCGGGCCACACUUAAAAAAUACAAACAGAAAAACGGGUAUUCUGGUCAUCUUAGGGUAAAAGCGGGUAAUGGACAUUCCUAUCCCCAACACAUCAAUUGUAAUUUUUUUCUGUACAACCCAGAUUUUCCUCAGUAUUUGUGUUUUUGCAUUUUAUGGUUAAUUUAAUUGAAGAUGAAAGGGCAUUGCAAAGUUGUUCAACAACAAUUACCUCAUUGAGUGUGUUCAGUAGUGCAGGAAGUGAUGUCUUAUCUAAUGAUUUGCUACUCCAAAGGAGAAACCAAGUCAGUGUGCUCCAGAAAGAUAGACUGUGUCAUUCUAUCUUUUACUCUGCUAAGCCCAAAGAUUACCUGUUGGCACUCAAGGUGUAGCAAAGAUUGAUGUAUAUUUAUAAAUCUAUUUAUACCACUAUACCAUGUGUAUAUAUAAUAUAUUUAUAACCACUUAAAUUGUGAGCCAAGCCAUGUAAAAGAACCUACUUUUCCUAAGGGCAAAAAAAAAAAAAAAACUCUUUCUGAGACUUUGCUUAAUACUUGAGGACCUCACGAUCACAUCAGUGCUCAGGCACCACCUUGCCUGUUAUCAGAGACAAGAAGCCUUGGUGCAGGGGUGAGGGCCACAUAACCAGGGAGAAAGUAAUACAUCAUUUUUGCUGUUAAGGAUCAUCUGGAACAGCUAUGUUUUUGUUUUGCCACAUCAUGAUUAUGUGGUCACAGUCGAGUCACAGAAAUUAAAAAAAAAAAACAACUCAGUAUUCCUUUACCACCAAACUUUCUUUUCCUUUCCCUCUUUCCUAAAUACUGACACAUCACUGUUCAAUUCUUUUAUAUAUUCACCAUUUUGUUCGAAUCAACUAAUGUCAACUUGCAGAGAGAACAACAGAUUUCAAGCAAUCCAGGGAAAACCAAGAGCCUUACUGAUCUAUUCCUAGACUAGCAAAGACUGACAAUUGUGGUUUGUUUUUUGAUUUUUUUUGUGUGUUUUGGCAGUGCUGGGAUUGAAGCCAGGGCCUCCUACAUGUUAGGCACUCUAUACCACUGAGCUACACCUCAGCUCAAAACUGACAAUUUUUGAUGUAUCUGUGUUUGACAUGGUCCUUGAUUGUAGGUAAACCAAAGCGUCAUUCUGAUGUUGACACCAAAUAUUUUAUUCCCAAUGAACACAUGGGUUUCCUUUCAUGCUUUCUUGUAUUUGAGAAUCUUCCUAAGGACCACUUGCUUCUCUUGCCAUCUGUCUUUUCCCUCUUAGGCCUCUUACAUGUGAAUGUUGAGCCCACAAUCAACAGUGGUUUUUUUUUCCUCUACUCAAAGUUAAAACUGACCAAAGUUAUUGGCUUUUUACUUUGCUAGAACAACAAACUCUCUUAUGUUUACGUACUGGUUUACAUUAUUUAUGUGCAAAUUGUCAAAAUGUAAAUUAAAUAUAAAUGUUCAUGCUUUA